UAUUAUGGUUGGAGAAGAAUCUCUUGGCUGAGUGGAAAGCUCUGUCUCUGGAGGUGGAAGUCUACCUGUGUUUCUCCCUGAUCCCAUUGUUUGAAGUGCUGCACAAUGUCUCAUCAAGUGAACCUCAGAAGAAAACUCUCAACCCUUUGAUGCCGUGGAGCAUUGCCGGCAGUCCGGUGCAGUUCAAUGAGAACGGAGAUGCCCCAGGCCGUUACGAUAUCUACCAGUACCAGAUAAAGAACAAAACAGCUGAAUACAAAACCAUCGGCCACUGGACUGACCAACUUUACCUAAAUAUGCGGGCGAUGCAGUGGCCAGGUGGAGUGAAGCAGGUGCCGGCUUCCAUCUGCAGUCAGCCCUGCGAUCCUGGGUGGCGUAAAAAGAUUGUUAAGGGCAUGUCCUGCUGCUGGCACUGCGAUCGCUGCGAUGGUUACCAGUAUCAGCACGACCUCUACACCUGCAAGAUGUGCCGCUUUGAUUUAAGACCUAACAAGAAUCACACAGCCUGCCAGCCCAUUCCGAUUGUGAAGCUGGAGUGGAGCUCACCCUGGGCAGUCAUUCCGGUCCUGAUUGCUAUUCUCGGCAUCAUAGCCACUCUUUUUGUUGUGGUCACCUUCAUUCGCUACAAUGACACGCCGAUUGUUAAGGCAUCCGGACGGGAGCUUAGCUAUGUCCUGCUUACGGGAAUCUUUCUGUGUUACGCCACCACCUUCCUGAUGAUCUCGACCCCAGAUGUAGGGAUCUGUUCGCUCAGGCGAAUUUUCCUGGGGCUCGGAAUGAGCAUCAGCUAUGCGGCGCUGCUCACAAAAACCAAUCGGAUUUAUCGGAUUUUUGAGCAGGGAAAAAUGACUGUGAGCGCGCCGCGCUUUAUCAGUCCGGCUUCGCAGUUGGUAAUCACCUUCAGCUUGAUUUCCGUUCAGCUCCUAGGGGUGUGCAUCUGGUUCGCAAUGGACCCUUCCCAAGCUCUCAUUGACUACGAGGACCAGCGCACGGCAGAUCCCGAGAUGGCGCGCGGAGUCCUAAAGUGCGACAUAUCAGACUUGUCGCUCAUCUGCCUCCUGGGAUACAGCAUGUUGCUGAUGGUGACGUGCACGGUGUACGCCAUCAAGACGCGAGGGGUGCCCGAGACCUUCAACGAGGCCAAGCCCAUCGGCUUCACCAUGUACACCACCUGCAUCAUCUGGCUCGCUUUCAUCCCCAUUUUCUUCGGGACGUCGCAGUCGACGGAAAAGAUGUACAUACAAACGACCACGCUGACCAUCUCGGUGAGUCUGAGCGCGUCUGUGUCUCUGGGGAUGCUCUACAUGCCGAAAGUCUAUGUGGUGCUCUUCCACCCGGAGCAGAAUGUGGCCAAACGCAGCACUCGCAGCCUGAAAGCUGUGGUCACUGCCGCCACCAUGUCUAACAAGUUCAACCCCAAGGCCAGCCUCCGGCCCAACGGAGAAGCCAAGUCUGAGCUGUGCGAGAACCUGGAAACUCAGGGAUAUGUUGAUGAUAACUAAACAAUGAAGACAGGACUCAGCCCUAAACAAACGUACAUCAGCUACAGCAACCACGCAAUCUAGGUAAGUGAUAAAAGGCCACUACCAAAUCCCAGAAGUGACCCCUGGAAGACAGCAUUUCAAGAUAAAUCACUCUCACGUUAUGUCACUUAUGGAAGUGAGAUAGCAGAUGGUUGGAAGACCCCCACAGACAUGUUUCCAUUAAUGAAGCUUAUGUGAAGUCACACAGGGAGCAUCUGGGGAGGCCGAGACUGUUGAGACGGUGUGUCGGAAUGACGGUCUGUCACCCAGACUAUUCCAUUACAGCUUGCUCUAUCUAUUUCAGAUGCCAUUGUUAAAGUGAUACACACUAAUUAAGGACAACAUGUCAGUGUCCGCUGUUUCAUUGAUGCUAACACUAUGUGGUGGCUAAAAAAAUAAUAAAUUCAUUGGAGCUUUUUCCUCUUUUUUCCUCUUGUUCCUCAACAGCAGAGACAGUGACCAUUGUUUACAGAUGUUAAGCAUGCUGGUUUUGACAUCCUGUGCUGUGUUGUUUUUUCUUUCUUUCCUUCUUUUCCUUUUUUCAAAAAAAAAAAAGAACCUUCUGGAAUGCUGUUGAACUAUGUUGCUGUAUUGUUACCUCACCAUGGGCCUUGUGAAACUGUUGAAGAUGUACGAAGUGCUCUUUGGAGUAAUGUUUGAUUGUGCAUAAGUAUACACCUUUGAGAAACUAAACAAAUUUGCCCUGUUGUCGAAAUGUGCUAGCUGUCACAGUCACCUGUGCAAAUCUGAAAUCACAAUUUAGAAAUGGUGUGACGUUCAUCGGACACUCAAGAUAUCGGAACCGACUUCCACUGGAACAGGGCGGCACGAGUAAGUCACGUUCAUACAAAUACAGCUAUAAAAGACUCUCGUGGAAAUCGGAAGAAUCAUCACUUUCAAGUAAACCGACGGUUCUGAGAAGCUCUGCUGAUGGAGUAGAUGACAGGAUCCUGUACUCAUAUCUGGAAAUGUCAGGUGAUAGAGAGAGACAAGCUGAUUUGUCUCUUUAGAUGUUUGUGAAUUUAAGUUUCAGUUCUUAUGAUUUCCCCUCUCUUCUUUGUUUUUGCACUGUUUGUGCUGCAGAGUAAAAUGUCUAUGUUGACCGUGAUAAAUGGCAACUUAAUGUGUGUUCUUGAUUGCUAAUGUUUGCUUUUCAUCCUAAAAGAGAGAAAA